AUGGACCGAGUUUAUGAAAUGCCUGAGGAGCCAAAUGUGGAUCCAAUUUCAUCUCUGGAAGAAGAUGUCAUCCGUGGGGCCAACCCCCGAUUUACCUUUCCAUUUGGCAUCCUUUUCUCCACCUUUCUGUACUGUGGGGAGGCUGCAUCUGCCUUGUACAUGGUUAGAAUCUAUCGAAAGAAUAGUGAAACCUACUGGAUGGCAUACACCCUUUCCUUCUUUAUGUUUUCAUCCAUUAUGGUCCAGUUGACACUCAUUUUUGUCCACAGAGAUCUGGCCAAAGACAAGCCGUUGUCAUUGUUUAUGCAUCUAAUACUUUUGGGACCUGUUAUCAGAUGUUUGGAGGCCAUGAUUAAGUACCUCACACUGUGGAAGAAAGAGGGGCAGGAGGAGCCCUAUGUCAGCCUCACCCGAAAGAAGAUGCUAAUAAAUGGCGAAGAGGUGCUGAUAGAAUGGGAGGUGGGCCACUCCAUCCGGACCCUGGCUAUGCACCGCAAUGCCUACAAGCGUAUGUCACAGAUCCAAGCCUUCCUGGGUUCAGUGCCCCAGCUGACCUAUCAGCUCUAUGUGACCCUGAUCUCUGCAGAGGUCCCCCUGGGUAGAGUUGUGCUAAUGGUCUUUUCCCUGAUAUCUGUCACCUAUGGGGCUACCCUCUGCAAUAUGUUGGCUAUCCAGAUCAAGUACGAUGAAUACAAGAUUCGCCUCGGGCCACUAGAAGUUCUCUGCAUCACCAUCUGGAGGACAUUGGAAAUUACUUCCCGCCUCCUGAUUUUGGUGCUCUUCUCAGCCACUUUGAAAUUGAAGGCUGUACCAUUCUUAUUGCUCAACUUCCUGAUUAUCUUCUUUGAGCCUUGGGUUAAAUUCUGGAGGAGUGGUGCCCAGAUGCCCAAUAACAUUGAAAAAAAUUUCAGCCAGGUUGGCACUCUUGUGGUGCUGAUUUCCAUUACCGUACUCUAUGCUGGCAUCAACUUCUCUUGCUGGUCAGCAUUGCAGUUGAAGUUGGCAGACAGGGACCUUGUUGAAAAAGGUCAGAACUGGGGACAUAUGGGCCUGCACUAUAGUGUGAGAUUGGUAGAGAAUGUGAUCAUGGUCCUGGUUUUUAAGUUAUUUGGAGUGAAAGUGCUAUUGAAUUACUGCCAUUCCUUGAUUGCCUUGCAGCUCAUUAUUGCUUACCUGAUUUCCAUUGGUUUUAUGCUCCUUUUCUUUCAGUACUUGCAUCCAUUGCGCUCACUGUUCACUCACAACAUAGUGGAUUACCUCCACUGUGUCUGUUGCCACCGGCACCCUCGGAGCAGGGUUGAGAACUUGGAGCCAUCAUUUGAUGCUGAAGCAAGGCAAAGUGUUGUCUAA